GUCCACAGUGUGGCAGCAGAGCUCUGUCAUAAUCCACAGCACUGGAGCACAGCGUCAGAAGAAGAGAAGCACAGUGUGUUUGAGGCUCUGCUCACGUCUCCACCUGCUCUGUGUCACAUCCGCUGGAAUGUUGGGAUACGCGGUGAUCCGAGGCGGGCUGGGACUCCUGGCGGUGCGGAGGGUGUGCGUGGUGUCCCGCUCGGGGCACUCCGUCGCGCGCGUGGAGCACCGCCCCAUCAAAAAGGUCAUGGUGGCGAACAGAGGUGAGAUUGCGAUCCGAGUUUUCCGAGCCUGCACAGAGCUGGGGAUUCGCACCGUGGCCGUUUACUCCGAGCAGGACACCGGACAAAUGCACAGGCAGAAGGCCGAUGAGGCGUAUUUGAUUGGAAAAGGCCUGGCUCCCGUCGCUGCCUACCUGGACAUCCCCGACAUCAUCAAAGUGGCCAAGGACAAUAACGUCGACGCGAUCCACCCGGGCUAUGGCUUCCUCUCAGAGCGGUCAGACUUCGCCCAGGCCUGCGCCGACGCCGGGGUCAUGUUCGUGGGUCCUACCCCUGACACGGUGCGCAAGAUGGGGGACAAGGUGGAGGCGCGGUCCCUGGCCAUCAGCGCAGGUGUCCCCGUGGUGCCGGGAACAGACUCUCCCAUCUCCAGCCUGCGAGAGGCCCAGACGUUCGCGCAGACCUACGGCUUCCCCAUCAUUUUCAAAGCGGCGUACGGAGGCGGCGGGCGUGGCAUGAGGGUGGUCCGAGAGAUAGAGGAGCUGGAGGAGAAUUACCAGCGGGCCUACUCGGAAGCGCUGGCGGCUUUUGGGAACGGAGCGCUGUUUAUCGAGAAGUUUAUUGAAAAACCCAGACACAUCGAAGUCCAAAUCCUCGGCGACAAGUACGGAAACGUCAUCCACCUGUACGAGAGAGACUGCUCCAUCCAACGCCGGCACCAAAAGGUUGUGGAGAUCGCACCCGCUUUCCAACUGGACCCCCAUCUGCGAGCUCGCCUUCACGCCGACGCCGUCAACCUCGCCAAGCUGGUCGGCUAUGAGAACGCGGGCACCGUGGAGUUUUUGGUGGACAAACACGACAACCAUUACUUCAUCGAGGUGAACUCCAGGCUGCAGGUGGAGCACACGGUAACCGAAGAAAUCACAGAUGUGGAUCUGGUUCACGCUCAGCUCCAUGUUUGCGAGGGCCGCAGUUUGCCGGAGCUCGGACUGAAGCAGGAGAAGAUCAGGGUGAACGGCUGCGCCAUCCAGUGCCGCGUGACGACCGAGGACCCCGCCCGAGGCUUCCAGCCCGACACCGGCAGGAUCGAGGUCUUCCGGAGCGGCGAGGGCAUGGGCAUCCGUCUGGACAGCGCGUCGGCGUUCCAGGGAGCGGUCAUCUCUCCUCACUACGACUCCCUCCUCGUCAAAGUCAUCGCCAGCGGCAAAGACCUGCAAACGGCGUCCUCCAAGAUGAGCCGCGCGCUGGCCGAAUUCAGAGUCCGAGGGGUCAAGACGAACAUCCCCUUCCUCCAGAACGUCUUCUCCAACCACCAGUUCCUUCACUCCACCGUGGACACGCAGUUCAUCGACGAGAACCCGGACCUGUUCAACCUCAAGCCCGUCCAGAACCGGGCCCAGAAGCUCCUGCACUACCUCGGUCAUGUGAUGGUGAACGGCCCGACCACGCCCAUCCCGGUCAAAGCCAAGCCCUCCUCCACAGACCCGGUCAUCCCUCCCAUCACCAUGGGCGACCCUCCCGUCGGUUUCCGGGACGUCCUGCUGCGCGAAGGUCCCGAGGGCUUCGCUAAGGCCGUGCGCGCCCACCCGGGUCUGCUGCUGAUGGACACCACCUUCAGAGACGCCCACCAGUCGCUCCUGGCAACGAGAGUCCGAACCCACGACCUGAAGAUGAUCUCGCCCUUCGUCAGCCACAACUUCAGCAACCUGUACAGCCUGGAGAACUGGGGAGGUGCGACGUUUGAUGUGGCCAUGCGCUUCCUGUCCGAGUGUCCGUGGAAGCGGCUUCAGGAGCUCAGGGCUUUGAUCCCCAACGUCCCAUUUCAGAUGCUGCUGAGAGGAGCCAACGCCGUGGGCUACACCAACUACCCCGAUAACGCCGUCUUCAAGUUUUGUGAAGUGGCAAAGGAGAACGGCAUGGACAUAUUCAGGGUGUUUGACUCCCUGAACUACCUGCCCAACAUGCUGCUGGGGAUGGAGGCGGCCGGGGCAGCGGGGGGCGUCGUCGAGGCCGCCAUCUCGUACACCGGCGACGUGUCCGACCCCAUGAGGCAGAAGUACUCCCUGGAGUACUACGUGGAACUGGCCGACGAGCUGGUCAAAGCCGGGACGCACAUCCUCUGUAUUAAGGACAUGGCUGGUCUGCUGAAGCCCGAGAGCAGUAAACUCCUGGUGGGUGCUCUGAGAGACCGCUUCCCCGAGGUGCCCAUCCACGUGCACACUCACGACACGGCCGGGGCGGGCGUGGCGGCCAUGUUGGCGUGUGCUGAGGCGGGAGCUGACGUGGUGGAUGUCGCUGUGGACUCCAUGGCGGGGAUGACCUCUCAGCCCAGCAUGGGAGCCAUCGUCGCCUGCAGCAAAGGAACCAAACUGGACACCGGCAUCGCUCUGGAGAAGGUGUUCGACUACAGCGAGUACUGGGAGGUGGCUCGCGGCCUUUACGCUCCCUUCGACUGCACCGCCACCAUGAAAUCCGGGAACGCCGACGUCUACGAGAACGAGAUCCCGGGAGGACAGUACACCAACCUGCACUUCCAGGCGCACAGUAUGGGACUGGGGAACAAGUUCAAGGAGGUGAAGAAGGCCUACGCAGAAGCCAACAAACUGCUCGGAGAUCUCAUUAAGGUGACGCCCUCCUCCAAGAUCGUGGGUGACCUGGCGCAGUUCAUGGUGCAGAACGACCUGAGCCGAGCGGAGGUGGAGGAGCGGGCCGACGAGCUGUCCUUCCCGCUGUCCGUGGUGGAAUUCCUGCAGGGGUACAUCGGAAUACCGCAUGGAGGAUUCCCCGAGCCGUUCCGAUCCAAGGUGCUGAAGUCUCUGCCGCGUAUCGAGGGUCGUCCCGGCGCCUCUCUGCCCGCCUUGGACUUCAAGGCUCUGGAGGAGGGGCUUAGAACGGCGCACGGUGACGACAUCACACCUGAGGAUGUCAUGUCCGCUGCCAUGUACCCCAAAGUGUUCCAGGAGUACAAGGAGUUCACCUCCGUGUUUGGCCCCGUGGACUGCCUCAACACCAGACUCUUCCUGGAUGGACCCAAAAUCGCCGAGGAGUUUGAGGUGGAGCUGGAGAGGGGGAAGACUCUGCACAUUAAGGCUCUGGCUCUGGGGGAUCUGAACAAGGCCGGACAGAGGGAGGUCUUCUUCGAACUCAAUGGACAACUGCGCUCUGUACUCGUCAAAGACACUGUCGCCAUGAAGGAAAUGAAAUUCCAUCCCAAGGCUCAGAAAUCUAUUAAGGGUCAAGUGGGAGCGCCGAUGCCCGGAAAAGUCCUGGAGGUCAAAGUGGAAGUUGGAGCAAAGGUGGAGAAGGGGCAGCCUCUCUGCGUGCUCUCCGCAAUGAAAAUGGAGACCGUGGUGAACUCGCCCAUGUCCGGGACCGUCAAGGCCGUGCACGUGUCCGCGGACUCGUCUCUGGAGGGCGACGACCUCAUCCUGGAGAUCGAGGAGUAGACCCACAAUGCACCAGGACAGAGAGAGGAG